AUGCCACAACUCAUCUCACUCUCAGUCAACCGCGCAUCUGCUGCCAUGCCUUCCCUCGCAGCAUCUUCGCGCAUCCCUGUCCGCGUCAACGACUCUGUAGUCCCAGCUGCAGCCAGUCGCCCCUCCGUCAAGACCGCCGGUGACAUCGCCACGCUCUUCUCCGCCAUGUCCAUCAGCAAGCCCACCGUCGUCAAGCCCACUUCCGCAUCACCAUCAACAUCCCAUGCGUUGAAGUCCAAGCUCCCCAUCGCCGCCUCCACCAGUGCCUCCAAGGAUUGCCCACCCUUGCGUCAGCACCAGCAAAGAUCUCUCGCCAAGAUCGCUCCCUUAGCCAACAGCGCAUCUGUUUCCGAACGGAUCGCCGAGCGCCGCCAGCGUGUCAUUGCCAACCUCGCACCUGGUCCCAAGAGAUCUACGCCUCCUGUCAAGAUCACUCCGGCGUCGACUAUCAAGUCCUCCUCGACGUCGUCCAGAGUACCGUCUUUGCUACCCGUCACCACCGCGCCAGCAUCGACCUCCCAGCCAUCAUCGAUGCCAUCAGAUGUCAUCGUUCCUGCCGCCGCCAUCCCUGUCGCCGUUCCUGCGCCACGACGGUACGGCUGGCUUACCGUCCAGAUGCCAGAUAACUUCCGCCAGGACAAGCCAGGAGAGUGCAAUCACAUCUACGCCUUGGUACAGAUAUCCGACCGAAUUUUCGACGCCGAAUCUCUCAUCCCAUCGGCGCCCACCGGUCGCAAGGCUCGUGUUCAACUGCUUGGAAGAUUCAAGCCAGCGAACAUUCCUCUCACCCGAACUCCUAUACCUCACUCUAUUUCGCCCGUCUUCCUGCCGCAUACAAUGUCCCAAUUCCCUAGGCACUUUUCGCCAGUCUACCUCCCUCGUCGCCUGAAGUCAUACAAAAUCCGAGGUACCUCGGACUACUGCCCUGCAAGACCAAGCAAACCAGGACCACGACGCAACUGUGGCUAUGGGCCACUAUACAAGGGCAGGACCUGCGAUUGUUGUGAAAAAGACGGCGAUGUCCCCGUCCGGAACUACAACAUUCCCCCUUACCAGUGGGCAACCACUCCAGCGGAAUCGGGCGUGGACCCUCAUCCUCGUAAAUCUCGCACUGACCGCCCUCGCAAAGUCGUUCAGUUUGCCGAGGACCUCAUUCAUACAUUCGCAGGUGCCAGAGAUCCCAACGCCUCCUUCAUUUGGGAGGGCACGUCUAAGGACACGGCAACGAGAGAACGGGACUUUCCAGAAGGAUUCCCACUAUAUGAGGGUGGAAGAAGACGACAAUUCCUCCGACGAUGA